UACAUUACAACACUAAAGCUAGCUUUGAGUAGAGAAAAAAGCCAAGAGAAGAAGAAGAUGGACAGUGGCAGUUCAUCCGGUGGAAACAACCAAGGCAAGAAAAAGAGCAAGAAACGUGUGCUGACCGCGGAAGAGCUGAAAAACCGGCGGCUUGAGAAUGUGCAACCUACCUCUUGGGACGAUGAGUGGAUUGUAACACUGAAAAUCACAGAUAAUGUGGUGGAGGAUGAAGACACUAGUAACAUCGUGAGCAGUUUCUGGACAGACAGCCCCUUCUCGAUAGAUGCCGAGGAGGAGACUGACAAGGAGGAGGAGGCUGAUGAAGAGGGGGCUGACAAUGAGGAUGAGGAGGAGGAGGCUGACGGAGACGGUGACAAGAAGGAGGAGGAUCAGACUGACGACGACGAUGGCGACCAGACUGACGAUGACAAUGGCGAGGAUCUCAGCUAACUCCAAGUUCUGCUUAAGACAGACUAGAUGGUUCUCUGGUAAUAAGAAGUCUUAUGCAUCUUCUGGGCAGCUGUAUUUUCUAGACGAAGCCUUGUUGUGUUAGUAUCGGAACCCUGCAUGCACGUACCCAUGCUUAUUUAUGUAUGUCUGUGUACCACUAUGUUUCUGUCUAAAGUAUGCGAGUGAAACGUUCUAAUUUGGGUACAUUUUA